UUAGUUGCCCGCUGACAGCGGUCGAAAGAGGGUAUAGUGAUUUUGUGCGGGUAUUUUAAAUUAUCCGCGCAAAAAACCUCUGCAAUUAUAAUAACAGUAAUAAACAAACUAAUAAAUAACAUCAAUUCAUUGUUGUGUUGAGCUAAAUAAUAUUAUCAAUAAUAAUAAUAAAAGUAUAAAUAUUUUAAAAAUAAGACAGUUGUCCCAGUGAAUCUCGUUGUCGGCAGUGAUUUGUUUUUGUAGCUCUUGUCCUCGCUUACAUAUUACAUUGUCACUUCAUACUGCAUGUCGUUGUAUAUAUAUUUUUAAAUUGUUUAUUUAUAUAUAUAUAUUUUUUUGUUAUUUAUGAUUAUUUGCAACGUGUUUUGGUGAAAGAGCUUUUUAAAUAUAUGUUUAAGUCGUUUUGGUACGCGUGUGUUUUUUGUAUUGGUAGCAGUCUUUCAAUAAUUGUUAAAGACAUUUAUCACUAUCAUUGUCAUCAUUAUCAUCAUCAUCAUCAUCAUAAACAAUGUUGACGUUAGUUUGGUGAUGGCAGACAGUCGAGGAGGAUGUCACGCCGUAAACAGAGCAACCCAAAGCCGCUAAAACGGGAAGAUGAAGAGUGGAGUGACUCAGAGAAGACCCCGUCGGUGAGCAGUGGAGUUGAUGGCGGUGGAUCAACAGUAUCAAGCCCAACACCACCGCAUCCCGAUGAAGAUACAAGUCUUCCACCUCCCCCAAGACUGAAUCAAACUCCAGUGAUCUUAAGUAAUUCAUCGAUUGAAGAUUUUCGUUUACGUCUCAAUAUACUGUCUGAUGACGCACGAAAACGACUGAGUAGUCUUGCAGAUGAUUAUGAAUUAUCAAAAGCAUUGAGACAAAGAGCUAAAAGACAGGACUCUAGUCCAAAUGCAUCGAGAAUCGACAACGAUGACGGUACUUCAUCGCCAAAAGAGACUGAAUCAAGUAGAUCUACUGGAUCACUGUGUAAACGUGAUAGCCGUCGUGAUUCUGAUGAAUCACGUCGUUCUGAUACAAGUUCAGAUCAUCCGAAGAAAAUACGUUUGGAUGAAGAUACUCCGCCUAGACUACGACUUAACGCUAGUCUAGCUACGGAUCCAGCAUUAAGACCCGCAACUGUUGCUGCUCUUACAUUAAAACCUGACGGUCUAUCACCGCCAAAUUCAGCAUCAUCAUUACCAGCGGGUCUACAAAAUGCAUUAGCAUCUGGACGAUUAUUUGUGAUACCAUCUGACGGCAAAGAAUCAAUGACCGUCGAUCCGACACGACCAAUUCCACUUUAUUGCCCACCAUGUGGCAUAAGAUUUUCAUCAGCCAGUACCCUAGAAGCUCAUCGUACUUUUUAUUGUGCUCAUAGACCGCGAGCAGAAGAGGACAACGUUAAUGACGAUGAUGAAGAUAAAUCUAGUAAAUACGACGUACGUAAAGCAUACGCAUGUCCACACUGUUCAUACAGCGCUGACAAAAAAGUGUCGCUAAAUCGUCAUAUGCGAAUGCACGCAGCAUCACCAGCAGCACCACCACCAUCUAUACCCCCAAUACCACCUGCAUCGACGACUCCGGUGUCAGUUACCAGCAGUAAUAACACUCCAACUAACGGUCUUAUUAAUGAAGAAACAGAACGUUAUUGUCGUAACUGCGAUAUAAGAUUCAAUUCACUCAAGACUUAUCGUGCCCACAAAACUCACUAUUGCAGUACACGGCACGUGGUAAAAGAUCCACCGACUCCAGCUUCAGCUGCUAAAGCAUCACCACCAACAAGUUCAAGUCCCGGUGAUUCUCCACCACCUCAACCAUGUCUUGCUCUACCAACAAAUCCAAUUUUAAUAGUACCCUGUUCAUUAUUUCGUGGUGCCAGUGUUCUUGCAGCACCUUCACUUCCAGCUCCAGAUACAGCGUGCUUCCUCUUACCCAAUGGUUCACUUCAACCAAUGACACGUGGUCUAACGACUGCUCAACACUCAACAAUCGAACAGUCACAAGUUCUCAGGGUAGCAAAUAAACCUGUAACUCCGGCUGUUGUUACUAUACCCUCAGGUCGAAGUUCACCAUCAUCAGCAUCAACUCCUCUUGAUUUGAGUAUCAGACGAUCUCCGGUAUUACAUCAAGAUGAAAAAGAAAAUCGAGUAUCACCAGCACCUUCAUCAUUACCACCAUCAAGUACUAGUCCACGGUCACGAGGUAGUGCAAGUCCACGUACGAGAUCUCUACCGGCUAUUCAAACUCCUGGUUCUGCAACAGCAACACCAACAGUACCCCCUACGGAAUUGGCACUUAGACUUGCUGAAUUACCACCACCUCCGGUACCUGGGGUACUAGUUAAACAAGGUGUUUCAAGGUGUAAAGAGUGCAAUAUUGUUUUUUGUCGUCAUGAAAAUUUUGUAGCUCAUAAAAAACAUUAUUGUCAAGCGAGAGAAAAUACUGUUAGCAGUCCACCACCUUCUGAUACACCAUCGCCACCAUUAGUUCAGUUGAUCUGUGCGGCUUGUGGGAUCAAAUUCGCUUCAAUGGAUAAUCUCGUCGCUCAUCAAGCUUUCUACUGUCCCAAAAAACCCGAGUCUCAGGAGCAUCAUACGCGCUGUCCUAAAUGCAAGGUGAUGAUUGAAACUGGUGCCACGCACACAUGCUCAAUACAAGCAGGUGGUUGGAGAUGUCCAGUUUGUGGUGCAGUAAGUCCUACUGCAGGUGCCGCCCAACGUCAUAUGGAUGCCCAUCAAGGUGUUAAAGCAUUUCGUUGCACUAUUUGCCGAUACAAGGGUAACACUCUACGGGGUAUGAGAACGCACAUUAGAAUGCAUUUUGAAAAACGUGGAACUGAUCUACAGGAAGAAAAUUACAUAACUUGUGUGCUGGAUGACGAUGUAACAUCAGUAGCAACACCCGAGCCAGCACCUGCAACAACUCCGGAAGAAAUUCCAGCAGAGAUUCACGUAAAUGGUAAAACUGAAACGCGAAAAAGUCCUCAGCCACCGCAGCCACCUCCACCACCAGCAGCUCCGGUACCUCCGCUAGCACAGUCACCGGUCGCAGCAAUAUCGCCAGUAGCAGCACCAGCUCCAGUAGUAACAGUACCAACAAAUAAAGUGAAACAAGAACGUGAAGAUACACCACCACCCGAGGAAACCCUUGACCCAGCGAAAACAAACACGAACUCACGGUACUGCCGCUCUUGCGAUAUAAGCUUCAACUACUUGAGCACUUUUAUUGCCCAUAAGAAAUUUUACUGCUCGAGUCAUGCCGGUGAAGCGAGUAAUAACAAUAAUAAUAACAGCAAUAAUAAUAAUAAUAAUAACUCAAAUAGCCAUACGACAAGCCCUCCAGCCGGCAGAACUGAAGCUUCCCUCCUCUAGAUUUUACAACAAUUACCAAUAAAAAAAAUAAAAAAAACAUUCAUUAAAUAGUUAAAUAAAUUCUCUUUCAUUUUUUAAGUCUGUUGAGAUCCAACAGGUGAUCAGCAGUUACAGGACUGUUAAUUGUUGCCAGUUUUAAAUAUUAAUGAUGACAUAUAUGUACACUUUAGUUUAAAUAUUUUGUGUGAUUAUUUUUUCUUCAUUUCUUUAAAAUUGUACAAUUUUUUUUUAUUUUUUUUCAUAAUUUAAUCGUCAAUCCAGGGAAUUGCUCGUACUUAUUAAAUCAAUAAAAACAGUGAUGUAAAUAAAAAUAUAAUAUAGAAGUGAAGAAAAAUGAUAAAUAAUUAAUUAAUCUAUUAAAGAAUAAUUGAUAAUAUAAUUUUGUGUGAUUGUAUGAUUGUUCAGUUAAUGAAUGAUUUAAAUCGUCAUGUAUAUAAAUUUAAAAAUUGUAACUAAAUGAUAACUCGGUGACAAAUUUUAAACACGUUUAGGUCAACUUGCUGAGCGUUACUAAAGUUGAUGAAUUAAUUUUUUUUCCUCAGAUUAAAUUUGUCACGAGUGAUAUAAAAAUUUAGCUGGUCUUGACAUUUGCUUGACAGACCAACAAAAAAAAAAUGAAAAUUAAAUAUUAAUAAUAAUAAUAAUUGGAAUUUUGACAGCCCGACGGGUGUGCAAUCUCAUGACUCUUUGAAUAAUCUCGUAGAUUGUAGUUAUCUGAAUAGAAAAACCCUUUUAAAUAUAAUUAUUUGAUGAUAAAUAAUAAAAAUAAAAAGGUGAAAGAUAAUAAUAAUAAUAAUAAAAUUGAUAAUGGAGUGAGUGUAAGAUGUUGUACAGUAGAAAAGUAGACAAUUACUUAUAACACGUACGAUUUAGUUAAUGAAUGAUACCAAUCUCAGCUUGUGAAUCUGUUAAAUUACGUUGCAAUAUAACAUUUAAUAUAUAUAUAAACAUAUAUAUAUGUACUAUUAAUUAUUAUUAUUAUUAUAUAAAUAUAUAAAUAAAUAUAAAUAUAUGAAUAUUAAUGAAAAAUUAAUAGUUAACGCGCCCGUUGAUAGUGCGCUCGCGAUAACGUUACGUUUAUAUUGAUAAUAAAACUCAUGAUAUUUAAUUAAUUAUAAUUUUUUAUAAUCUGUGAUUUGACUUGUACUAUCAAAAUUAUAAUUGUAUAUAAAAAAAUUUUUUUUUAAUUGUAGCAAUAAAUUUAAAUUAGUUUUUCAGCGAUUUAUUAUUUUUUUUAGAGUUUAAUAAAUAAUAUUUUGAUAAAUAAUGUUUAGAUGAAUCUGAUAUUUAAAGUGAUAAGAAUUUAAAAUAAGUUAAUUUUAUAUAAAUUAUAAAAUUAUUUUUGUUAAUAUUAAAUUUAAACGAUGAUAUGGUAAAGAAAAUUUAAAAAAUACUCAUGGGUAUUUAUUAUCAACAUAAAUGUUAAUAAUUCUGUUGCGAAUAAUCAAAAUAAAAUGACCGCGUAUUAUAAAAUAAAUAAAAAUCUUCCUUUCGAGAUGCGCGGUUCUCCGAGGCGGGUGCACACAAUUGUAUAAAUUAGAAUUUAAGGCCAGUGUUACAUGUAUACGCAGUGUACUCAUAUCUUACGAUAAAAUUUAAAAAACAUUUAAAAGAAAAUUUUAAAAUAAAAUGAAAUAUUAUAGCGCAAUAAAUUAAUUACGAUGAGUUUUAUCGGUACAAAACGUUGGACAAUUUUAUCACAAUAAUUGUAAUCUUGAACUAAUAUAAAAAAUAUUAAAAAAAUUUUAAUUACAAUAUCAAUAUGCGCUAGUUUUAUUUAUUAACUCAAACAUACUUUGCAUUUUGCUGUUAAACCUUUUUUUUUUUU